AUGGAUUCUGACGACGAUGGUGAUGUUGGUCGGAGGGCAGGAGCUGAGGAUAUCCAAGACGAUGAGUUCGAUUCAUCACCUCGACCAGCAAAGCGACGCAGGACAACUGUAACACCAGCGGCCAAGGCGAAGAAGCAACCAACGGCUCGCAAGCAAGCUGCAACCAAGAAGACAACCACCAAGAAGAAAGUUGUCAACGAAGAUUCCAUUGUUAACGACGAGGAGGACGCGUUCGAUCCACCAGUUGUUGCACCGAAACCAAAACGCAAGCCACGGAUUUCGAAAAAGGCUUCCACCAAGGAUGAUGAAAGUCUGCUUGGUGAUUCCGACGACACCAUAGGUCGAAGUGCCGCAGAACCAAAACGUAANCUCACGAAAAGGGCAUCUACUGGAUCUGGCUCUGAGGAUGUUGACGAUGAGGACGACAAGAAAGCGGCAAAGCCGAAGCAUCGCAUUCACGUACCGGUUAUGGUAGACCUUCUAACAGACAGGUUUGCGGACGAGGAACCACCGGAAUCGUCUGCUCCGUGGAGUAUCAGAGGACCCAUCUGGAAGAAGGAGGUGUUGGUUUCGAAGCCAUCGCCAGUGGUGCCUACACCAGCUCGUCAGCCUUCACUACUAAAAAGUACUCUCAAUCAUUCGGCGCUCAGAAACAACGAUGCUGCUCAGAGCCGUACUACGCCAGUUCGCAACCCACAUGUGACGGCGAACACCGCAUCUGUGCGCCAGCCUCCCGCUCAUGAAACCCGCCCACAGGAUAUAGCUGCCACAACGCCUAAAACACAUUCGGAUGCCUGGGGAGACCUCAGCGAUGACAUCGAUUCUGAACUCUUGAUGGGCUUGGUAGCGGAUCAACCUCAUCAAGCCACCAGCGUGCCAAAAGCUCAACCUUUUCUGGAAGACUCCAGUAGUGAUGACUUCGAUACUGAGGAUCUCAUCAUGCUAGAUGCUACUGCUCCGCGAGUGGAAGAAUCAGUAGCCACUAGAUCACCGACAAGCAGUCCACCGCCUGCGAAAACUGUCCCAGCGAACUUCCCUCCCCACAACGCACGACAAGUCUACCANGUUGUGGAUUCUGCAGAUGAACUCUACAAGUCGCCAACCCGUAGUCCGCCUCCUGCAAAGAUGGCCUCUGCUAUCGCCUCAACACGGAGGACAGCUCCAGCACCACAGACAACAGUCCCGUCAAUUGUCGACUACGCGGACGAGCUUGCAGAUUUGCCAUCAGACGCAUUCGACUCGGAUAAUGAAACUCCGGCUAAGAACCUUGGAGACCCAAUCUGUAUAUCUUCGUCGCCACCCAGAGUAGCAGCAGCAGUACCGAAGCCAAACCUGGCUCCUCCGCGUGGUGGACUGGUUCAAAAGACUCUGUUUGGUGGAACAGUUGUACCGAUGGGCCCAGCUACCCAAGCAAACAAGAGGCAUGCCUGGCCAUUGGCAACACAAAGAGAGCCACCAACUCAUCACAAGCUCAAUGAAGAAGCCACUCAGACCUGGGUAUACCCCACCAACUUGGGAACUACUCGUGACUAUCAAUUCAAUAUCGUCAGUCGAGGUCUAUUUCACAAUUUACUGGUUGCGUUGCCUACCGGUCUGGGUAAAACAUUCAUUGCAGCUACAAUCAUGCUAAACUGGUUCCGCUGGACGGAAAGUGCGCAAAUUGUCUUUGUAGCACCUACCAAACCUCUUGUUGCUCAACAAGUCGAUGCUUGUUUCAACAUUGUAGGCAUUCCUCGUUCGCAGACUGUCAUGCUUACCGGCGAAACUUCGCCGGGCUUGAGAGCGGAAGAGUGGAAGACGAAGAGAGUCUUNUUCAUGACUCCGCAGACAAUCAUCAACGAUCUCAAAACAGGUCUCUGUGAUCCGAAGCGACUCGUCCUGAUCGUCGUUGAUGAAGCGCAUCGAGCAACUGGCAACUACGCUUAUGUCGAAGUCAUCAAGUUUGUUCGUCGAUUCAACACAAGCUUUCGUGUACUCGCCUUGACUGCCACCCCUGGCUCUGAUGUUCCAGCAGUACAGCAAGUCAUCGACGGUCUCGAUAUUUCACGGUGCGAAAUUCGUACAGAAACAUCUCUUGACAUCAGGCAAUAUGUCCAUAGUCGGGACAUUGAUGUCAUCAAGUUUGACUAUUCAGAAGAGCAACAAAUCAUCAUGGAGCUUGCAGGAAAUGCUAUCCGACCUGUACUACUUAAGCUUGCAAGUCAGAACGCCUACUGGAACAAAGACCCCAUGAAACUUACGGCUUUUGGCUGCACCGAAGCUCGAAGAAAGUGGUUUGCAACUGAUGCUGGCAANAAAGCUCCACAAGCCGUCAAGGGCAUGGUCAACAGUAUUUUCACAGUGCUCGGAAGUCUCGGCCACGCUGUCUCUAUGCUCAGAUUCCAUGGCAUUACCCCUUUCUAUAACGGCAUGGUCGAAUUCAGAAACAAAGUUGAUGGAGGUGAGCUCAAGGGCAAAUACGGUGCACAAAUUCGCGACGACGAGAACUUCACCAAGAUGAUGAAUAUGAUGCUGACCUGGACUCGCAACCCCGAAUUCCUUGGACAUCCAAAGUUGGAGCAUCUCAGAACUGUGGUCUUGAACCACUUCCUAGAUGCUGAAGAGAAGGCGGCUGUGCCAGGAGGACAACCUUCAAGCACCAAGAUCAUGAUCUUUGCAGCAUACCGUGACAGUGCUGAAGAGAUUGUGCGCGUCUUGAACAGAAACCAGCCUAUGAUCAGACCACAUGUGUUUGUUGGUCAAGCUGACUCGAAGAACUCGGAAGGCAUGAAUCAGAAGCGUCAACUCGAGGUCAUCAAGCAGUUCAAGGAGGGCAAAUACAACACCUUGGUUGCCACAUCAAUCGGUGAAGAGGGUCUCGAUAUCGGAGAAGUUGAUCUCAUUGUCUGUUAUGAUGCUUCUGCAUCACCCAUCAGAAUGCUCCAACGUAUGGGACGUACUGGAAGAAAGCGGAGGGGUAACAUUGUUCUGCUUCUNUAUGAACGAAAAGAAGUUCCUGAUUUCGAAAAGGCAAAAGACAACUACGAGAAGAUGCAAGGCAUGAUUGCUUCUGGCAAAGACUUCACCUUUCAUGAUGACAGAUCGCCUCGUAUUCUUCCAAGAGAAACUCAACCGACUGUGGACAAAAGAGUCGUUGAGAUUCCUGUGGAGAACUCGCAGGCUGAUCUGCCUGAGCCGAAAAAACGUGGACGAGCUCCUAAGGCACCUCCCAAGAAGUUCCACAUGCCUGACNNAAAUGUCCGAACAGGGUUUGUUAAAGCGGGCAGAAUGGACGAUGAGGAUGCAGAGGAGUUAGCACCACGAGGUAAAGCCAAGGGCAAGAAAGCGACGGCUGCCUCGGUCAAGAAGAUGUUCCGUCCUCCUCCAGGCAUUGAGGCGGUUUCCAUACCAUCGCUUGACGAGGUCUAUCUGAACAAGAUCUGUGAUCGCGAGCUUGACCGCAAAUACAAGUACGUCACAAACGACCAUGCUCUUACUGUCGGCCUACCACGACUAGACCGAUUCUCAAGCUCAUUCCCUGGGCCGACCAAAUUCAUAACACAUGGAAGAGGCGCGCAAGCAGCUUCAGGUCUGAUGAAACGCUUGGGCAGCAUCAAUGACGAUGUUAUACAAAGUUUCAAAGACGCCUACCACCAGUCAGACCUCGAGGGUGAUGUGUCUGACAUGCUGGGUAAUCCGACCGCUGUACAGGUGUCAGACUCUGAGUUGCCAGUCGCCACAACGACCAAAGCAAAGAAGGCACCUGCAAAACCAAGAGCUCCAAAGGUUCCCAAAGCGCCAAAAGAGCCGAAGGCACCGAAAGAGCCCAAAGCACCGAAGGCUGCUAAGGCGCCCAAAGCACCCAAACCACCAGCUGAAGCAAAAACGCCUAAGCCUCGUGGUCGUCCAAGAAAACAAGCACCCAGGCAAAACAGCUCAGACAUGGAAGGAUCAUCUUCUAGCCCAGACCCUACACCUGCUCACCUGCGUAUCGGUACUCAAGGCAUCGAUCUCGGCUCUGCAGACACAUCUGGUGAAGAAGGUCAUGAUCAAGAAGAUGAAGCAGACUCAGAGCUCGACGACUUUGUCGUUGGUAGCGAUGCGCCCAUCGAGUUCGCUUCAAGCUCUCAGCCUCAUGUUUACAAACCUCCCAAGAAGAACAGACUCAAUCUGUUCACUCAAGACGAUAUUGCUGAGGGAAGUGACGAGGACUUGCCUGACUUUGGACCGUCUAGUAUGCCGGAGGAAGUUGUUGAGGUUGUGUCUGAUGAAAAUGAGGAUGAGGAUGUUGCUCCUGUUCGCAAAAAGCUGGGUAGGAGAAGACAGGUUGUGGAUGAUGAUAGUGAUGAGUGA